AUGAUAAGGGCGAGGAAGGGAAUAGGGCGCUUUUUAGCAGAUCACAACUCCCUGCUGUCUGCGCUCUUAGCUUCUGUAACACUUCUUGUUCCCAACAGCAUGGGACAGGGAUUUUGUAAUGGAGUAAUUAAUCUACCCCUUGCAGCAGCUGUUGCGGCCGGUGGAAGUUUCGCACUCAGUUCCGGAGGAACUCAGCGGCGGCGGCAGCAGCAGCAGCAGCAGCAGCAGCAGCCGGUGGAAACCCAGCGCAUCCGUGUGGGAGACACCGAAGACGCGACGCAGCGUGCGGCGAGUGCAGCAGACAGCGGGCGGCGAGGUGGCGAAGGGGCGGUCGCCGGAGCAGUGACCGCCGCCGCCGCCACCAGCAGCAGCCGGCGCUGCCGGUGCCAAAUACCGCAGCAGCAGCAGCAGCCAGAAGCUCCCAGGAAUCCGACACCGCCGCCACCGCACUGCCGCGGGCAAGGCCACUCGCUGCUGCAGCGCCUGGCACUGCCUGCACAAAUGGCCGCCCGCAGCAGUGAAAAUUCUGGUGCGCAGCAGCACGGAAUGAGCCACAUAUCGGUAAGUGUCAAACUUCCUGCAGACAUACAGACUGGCAAGUCGUGA